AUGUCCUUUGUAAAUCUCUCCCGUCCUCCUCUGGACCACCGCUCGCACAGCGCGCCACAUACACGACCACGAUUCAACUCCCAAAACACCUCCGACCGCCUACGAGAAGGAUCUGGCCUGCGCCCCCGACCGUUCGGAAUGGUGAGCAACAUCAAGAAAGAUAGGAAGUCGAUGUUCAAAGAGGUGGGACUGGAAGAUGAUCUCAGCGAUGAGGACAUGCCGGGCACGCCCACGUCGCAGCACGCGCGCGAUCGCAAGGGGUCGGUUUCGAGUGAGAAAGAGUUCGGUGACGCGAGCGAAUUAGUAUCGGAACGCACCCGAAGUUCGAACGACGACAGUAACGGCGAUGGAGACGGAGAUGGUGACGGGGACAGACGGCGGUCCGAGGCCGGGCGGCAUGAUUCUUCCAGCCAUCCCCAACGCCAGAAUUCGAUGCAGGUUGGGAAGCCGUCUUGGUACACCAAACUUCGGCGGCCGAAAGUCAAAUCAGUCUCAAGCGCGCCGCCGCCGACAGUUGCGAGCCUCCAGCGAUUCGCCAUGAUCGCAUUGAUCAUUGCCGUCAUUCUUCCGGCUUUCAGUUAUAGUAACGGCGGCCAAAAGAUUGGAAGUGGAGCAGACGCCGGUGUGAUCCGGCCGCGACAGACCACAUCUACCGAUGUUUGCUUGAGAUGGAGUCAACAAGUCGCAUUGCUCAAUGGGACUUUAUACAUAUACGGAGGACAGGCCAAAACUGAGGCCACACAAACCACGAACACAUGGAACCUCACGAAGUCUUGGGAUCGGUCGUCACCAUCGCUCACCGGGAAGCAAAAGCCUGAUGGACCACCCGCGGUCGCAAAUGGCUACCUGUGGAACGACUACAACUAUCUCUACCUCUACGGCGGCCAGUUCGCCGAUAAUGACGGCGCGGAAGGCGUGUACGCGACCCCUGCUGCCAUGUCGAUCUGGCGGUACUCCGUCAAAGACAACUCCUGGCUCGAAUUCAGCGACCCCAAGACCUCGUCAGGAAACUACUCGACCGAUGCCAAUGUCGCUAUUCAGCGAUCCUCCGAAGGAGCUGGGCUGUCGGUUCCUGAGCUCGGUCUAAGCUGGUACUUCGGCGGCCACUUGGACCAGUCCACAACUCCAGGGUGGUCGAUUCACACACCGAGGGUCUACCUUAAGAGUCUGCUUGAGUUUACGCACCCAGGUUACAUGAACACCGGGGUCAACUCGCUCCGUGGCGCGGGCGCUGCUGACGGCGGUGUCUUCCGCAACAUUACCGAGGGCGGUUUGCAAGACUCUGAAGCAUUUCCCGAGAGAGCUGAUGGUGUGCUUGUGUUCGUGCCGGGCUGGGGUGUCAGGGGCGUCUUGAUCGGCAUGGCAGGCGGCUCGGCAGACACCUUUGUUGACGACUUGGGAACACUGGAUGUUUACGAUAUCGCCACGUCGGAGUGGUAUCAUCAGAAGACAACGGGCGACAAGCCUUCAGUCAGGGUGAACCCCUGUGCUGUCAUUGCCAGCGCACCCGACGCGUCCAGCUUUCAGAUCUACUUCUUCGGCGGACAAAACCUCCAGCCAUACAAACAACAAACUCAGUAUAAUGACAUGUACAUCCUCACCAUCCCCUCCUUCACCUGGAUCAAAGUCGACGAAGGCGACGGCGUACCAUCGCCCCGGGCAGGCCACACUUGUAGCAUGCGCGAUGGCCAAAUGGUCGUCGUGGGCGGCUACAUCGGCCAGAACGAAACCUGCGACAACUCCGGCGUAUACGUCUUCAACGCCAGCAGCCUCCAAUGGAGCGACAGCUUCAAGGCGGCCGACCACCCUGCCGACAUCAGCCCGGACAACUCCGUCCUCGCCGGAUCGUGGGGCUACAAAGUCCCCGGCAAAGUGCAGAGCGUCAUCGGCGGCAACUCCGACGGCGGCGCCACUGCCACAACCCCCGCCGCCGGCCCCGCAACAGGCGGCCCCUUCGCGACCGGCAAGCCCCCGGUCUUCACCAUCACGCAAGACGGCGCGACGGCUACGAUCACGGCGUUCGGCCCCACCAGCACCGGUGGCUCGGCCCCCGCCAAGGACGAAGAUGACGGCCCGAAUGCUGGGUUGGUCGCCGCGGGCGUCAUCGCUGGCAUCCUCGGCGCGCUGGCCCUGUACCUGGGCUUCUGCGCCUGGCUCUACCGCCGCCAGGUCGCGGCCUACAAGCAGCAUCUCUCGCAGGUGAACCGGUACUCGGGCGCCAGCUCGAUGCACUUUGGCGGCGCGCUGUUGGCAGCGGGAGCAGCCGAGCGUCAGGAGAAGCGCGGCCACCGCAGGGAUGCCAGCACAGCCAGCAACGAGUCAUUCUCGUGGGUGGGAGCGGGUGUGGAGCCGAAGUGGAUGAUGGACGAGCCGACGCCAGGGUCUGGAUCCGGGUCCGGAGGCACAGGGGGUACGGCGUUUGGCAGCGGGAGCGGCGGUAGUAACCCCAGGAGGCCGAGUGAGGAUAUGCGCAGCGGGAGGGACCCGCGGACGAGCUCGAGCAGGAACGCGAAUACGGACAAUGAGAGCGUCACGAGCGCGGAUGGGCUGCUGGACGGGCAGGAGCCGAGUUUCUUCUCGGUUGUGAUGGGGCCGAGACGGGCGCUGAGAGUGGUUAAUGGGGUGGAGUAA